AUGACCACAAAAGAGAUGGAAGUAGUGAAGAAUUUGGAUGUUGAAAAAUACAUGGGAAGAUGGUAUGAAAUUGCCUCAUUUCCAUCAAGAAAUCAACCAAAAGAUGGUGUAAACACAAGAGCCACUUACACUUUAAACCAAGAUGGAACAGUACAUGUGUUAAAUGAAACAUGGAGUGGUGGUAAAAGAGGUUCAAUUGAAGGGACUGCCUAUAAAGCUGAUCCAAAAAGUGAUGAAGCAAAACUUAAAGUGAAAUUUUAUAUCCCACCUUUCUUGCCAAUUAUUCCUAUUGUUGGUGAUUAUUGGGUUUUAUAUAUUGAUGAUGAUUAUCAAUAUGCUUUGAUUGGUCAGCCUAGUAAGAAAUAUCUUUGGAUAUUAUGUAGGCAACCACAUCUUGAUGAAGAAAUAUACAACCAACUUGUUGAGAAGGCAAAAGAAGUAGGAUAUGAUGUGAGCAAACUUCACAAGACACCUCAAGCUGAUCCUCCACCAGAUGGUGAAGAUGCCCCAAAGGACACUAAAGGAUUUUGGUGGAUCAAAUCAAUAUUGGGAAAAUAG